GGGCAGAGGCUCUCAGAUAAUCGAGGUGCCAUGAAUGCUCAUUUGGGAAAUAUCGUGACAUUUCAAUCUGAUCGACGCUCGUAUCUAGGAUUUUAGUCUCUGUGCCGUCGCCCGGCAGCUGAGACCCUUGAGCUUUUCAUGACAACAUAGCAUGACCUUACUUGGAACUUGCGAAAAGGCGGUCACCGGCAGGAUAUAUAAGUCAUAGAUAGACUCUUGCAUCAAACUUCUUGAAUAGCAUCAGCCUUAACUUCAUUUCGAUAACAUAAACACAAUUCAUUUAGACCACGAAGCUCCAAAUCCAGAGACAAUCCUUAGGCCUCCAGAAUCUACCAAAGUCCCACUUGAGCACACAAGCCCUCAACCUCCAAAAAUGCAUUUCAACACCUUACUCAUCCCCCUCCUCGCCGCCGCAACCCAAACCUUAGCCCUCGGCAAAGCAACAGUCGUAAACAACUGCGCAACCGAAGUCUCCGUCUGGUCCGUCGGCGGCGACGUCCGCGCCGCGGGACCCCUGGCUGCAAAGGGCGGCUCCUACAGCGAGACCUUCACCCGGGACCCGACCACCGGCGGCCGGGCCCUCAAAGUCACCCGCGCGCGCGACGGCCUGUACACGGGCGCGCCGCAGCUCGUGUACGCGUAUAACCUGGACGGCAGCGGCGUGUGGUAUGAUUUGAGCACCGUGUUCGGGGACGGGUUUAAGGGGAGCAAAAUUGUUGUUGCGAGUCGGGUUGCGAGUUGUCCUGCUAUUGUGUGGGAGGGUGGGGUUAGUCCUGGAGGAAGUCAGGUUAAGGUCUGUACGGCGGAUCAGGAUGUUGUUUUAACGCUUUGUGCUUAGGGGGGUUGGUUGAGAUGGGAUCGGCAGGGUGAGGAGAGGGUGGUUGCAGGUGGUGUUGAUGAAGGGGCUGAACUUGAGGGCGAGGAGAGUAUGAUUACAUGCCUAUAUAGUUUCAAUGUUUAAUAUUUUACCAGCAUCCUUUCCACAUCCUUUUGAUAUUUGGAUACAAAUGGCUACGGCUUACACGGCAUCGACUAUCUUCAAACUUCGUCUUCAAGCCAGGUAGUACGUUCAAAGACAUCCAAUGGCUACGCAAGUGGUAAACACUCAUGUCAUUGUGACUGAAAUGUAGCAAGGU